UUGGCACUCUUGGCAGUCCGCCGUCGACCAUUGCUGUCAGCUGGACGAUCCCGUCAGAUGGUGUCGUGAAUCCUGUAAAAUCACAUCGAUCGGUGCGCGACGGAGCCAGAGUCAAGAUGAGCGGUGGUAUGCCAGAGCUGGGCUCGAAGAUCAGCUUGAUCUCGAAGGCGGAUAUUCGGUAUGAGGGUCGGCUGUUCACCGUCGAUCCGCAGGAAUGCACGAUCGCCCUGGCUAACGUGCGCUCCUUUGGCACGGAAGAUCGAGAAACUCAACUUCCCGUGGCACCACAAAAUCAAGUGUAUGAGUAUAUCCUAUUCCGUGGAUCGGACAUCAAAGAUAUCAGAGUUGUCAACAAUGUUAGUUCUAUUCCCAAUGAUCCGGCAAUCGUGCAGAUGACAGUGCAGCCAUCUAUGGGCCAGCAAUCGUAUCAACCGCAGCCUAGCUAUGGUCAUCCGAUGAUGGGCCAGAUGGGCCCAAUGGGAGGGCAAUACGGAGCCCCCUAUGGCAUGGGUAUGGGUGCGAUGGGCCCGGUAAUGGGAAUGCCAACCGCAGCUAGAGAUCCUCGCGGAGCUAUGAAUAAACAGCCAAGUGAGUUGAGCUUGGGCUCUACUGAACCCAUCUCUAUUUCAAACUCACUGCCAACGGCCAAUAUCGACCCAUUACCAAAAGAUCAAUCUCUGGAAGAUGGUGUACUAGAUCUCAUUAGUGGUGGUUCCCGUUCUACCACUCCUACAUCAUCCUUGUUGACAAGAAAAAGUCCAACUAUGGAUCAAGGUAUUCAAGUAGGACACGAACAACAGCAGCAGGGCAAUAACAUUGGCAAAUUGAAUGACAAGACAAAUAUCAGAACCGUCCAACCGCCUCGUCGAGAUCAUGAUAGUCAUGGAGGUACCAAGAACAACGCGGGUAUGUCUCAAUAUAAUGAUACGAAGAGGGACAUGAUGAAGCAAGAUGGACAAAAUCAAGGUCAUACGCAAGGUGGUCGAGGCAAUCGCGGUGGUUGGGUAAAUCGUGGCAACAUGAGAGGUCGAGGAGGUCGAGGAGGACGCGGUGGAUUCCGUGCGAAUCAAAUGAACAAUACUGGUGCCAAGCCUAAGAACAAUGAAAGAACACUGAAGUUUGAAAACGACUACGAUUUCGAACAAGCCAACACUCAGUUCGAAGAAUUGAGAUCGCAAUUAGCGAAAACGAAGAUCGAUGGUGCUGAAAAUGAGAAAAAAGAUGAUAGUGGAAAUGAAACAGGUGCUGGUGAAGGCGAACCCGAGGAGGAACCUGAAAUUGUUCAUUAUGAUAAGUCGAAAUCAUUCUUUGAUAAUAUUAGCUGUGAAGCUGUUGAAAGAAGUAAAGGACGAUUCCAACGUACGGAUUGGAGAACGGAACGAAAGCUAAAUUCAGAAACGUUCGGUGUGGCUUCCACGAGACGCGGGGGAUUCCGCGGCCGUGGUUACUACAAUCGCGGAAUGGGAGGCAUGUACAGAGGCAGUGGCGGUGGCAAUAACGCUGGAUUCCGCGGUGGCUAUCGAGGUAGCAGGGGUGGUAAUCGCAAACCUAACCAAUUACAGAAUAACACGGGCAGUCAAAAUCGUGCGACCAACGAACAAUCUGCCUCUCAGUCGCAAGCAAAUGUUAUUUAAAUAAAAAAAGAAUGUAAUUUGUCACCGGUAUGGCGUGAAAAAAAGAAUAAAAUAUGCCGGGGGAGAAUAAGCGAUGCGCUGCUAAGUAUACAACUAUAGAUUUAAGAUUUUUACAAUAUGUGCUCUACCGUUAUGGACUGAUUUGGGUUAGAAUUUGGCAGUCGAAUAACAAGACACACGGCCGGAUUAAAUGUAGAUUAUAUUAUAUAACUGAGCGCGCGUUUGCAAUCGCCAAACCGGUGGUUACGAUGUUAGAUGACAAGAAUCGCACAUAUGGACGUUGCUGGCGCAUAUGACUUUUGCAUCGAUAUUUUGCGGCUAGAUGAUCGAAGAAGGUACUUUUAAAGACAAAUUUUCUUACUGCUUAGUCGACAAUGAUCACGAUGAAUUGACGUUAAAAGGAUAGAACGUUUUUGUCAUAGGAAAGUGAAGUCGAUUAUGAUCAGAACGUUUUUUGUUCUUUUUUAUAUUAAUACUUACAUGGAUUCAGAUAUCUGGAGUUAGACAGAGAAAUUACUAUUGAGGGGGCUAGUCGUUUUACUUGAAAUAUAUCUGUUAAUAAAAAUUCUUAAUGAAAUAAUCUGAAACGCGAACAAUAAUGUAUUUGUUUGUAGUUAGGAAAACAAAUUGUACAAUUCGAUCGUGAUCAUUAUUUAGUCCGGUUUUCUCAAGACUUGACUAUAAAAAUAAUUAUGGAAUGGCUUUAUGGUGAUGGUGACUUGAUUAAUAUUGGUCGUUAUGGAAUAGCUGGUUUGUAUCCGUAUAUCGGAAGUGAAUGGCAACACAGACGUGCAUAAAAGUACUUUCUCGUCAAAGUAUGUAAAAAUCGAUUGUAUCUAAUUGCAUUUGUCAAGAAUAGGAAUAUUGUGAGGUAUAUAGUACAAGGUAAAUCCGAUAAAAAUGCUAUUUUUUUCUUUUAUUUUGGUUUUUUGAAUGUACGCAGACAAAGUUUUUCGCAAGUCCUCGGUAGUUCACAUAAAAACGUAUGAUUUUAUUGAGGCGGAUAAAUAUAAAGUGAAAAAUAAGCGCGAGAGCUAGUUUGUAUAACAAAUUUUUGUAUUACUAAAUUAUAUUAAAGCCCGCCUAUUUUUUCUUUGCAAGAUCUGCAUCUAGAAUUAUGGAAAAUAUAAGCGUCUUAUUGUAAGUAACUAAGUUCUAAAUCAUGUUACAUAAUUAUCAUCGUGUUCUGCAAUUAAGGAUUCCUCGAUUGCUCUCAUAUGCAUAUAAAAUAAUCUUAAUUAAUACAAUUAUAAGACUACAAUUAUAAUCAGUGAUUAACUAUAUCAAACUUACAAUUUAUAUAUGAUAGUUAUUAAAAUUAUGUUUUUUUUUCCAAAAACAUUUGUAUUUCUGUCAGAAAACAGUAUUUUGUUCAAAAACAUUUGUAUUUUUGUCAGAAAACAGUACAAUGUUUUUUUCCAUUUUAACUCCAAACUAUAAUACACAUACAUCUUUAAUGGAGAACUCGUAUUCAAUAUACAUGUAUACAGUGCGAAAUAUAUUUAAAUAAUAAUUUAUUAUUAAAUGAUAAUUAUUUCCAUUAAAUUAUGUGAAAUAACGAAUAUACAUGUAUAUUUAAAUUAAAGCAAUUAGUCUUUUUUUUUUUCUUGCAUAAAUUUAUUUAAAAUAAUACUUGAAAUGUUUUAUAUAAGCAAAGUGUGCGUCACGCAAAUUCGAAAGUUUGUGGCAAAUUUUCAGAGCGUUAAAUAAUUUAAUUAUAAAUAAUAAGAAUAAUUUACUUAUCAUAAUCUUGAUUGUAAUCAGUUAUGCUCUCGAAGAAUCCUUGUGGAUGCAACGAUGCUGCGCGUAGAAUUGUGUUAAAUGGCGAUGCGUGUAAGAUUAGAAGCAUGAUAAUAUCCUUAAAGAUAUAAGACGUGUGGAAGAAGCAGAAUAAGAACAUUAUUUGCGAACUAUUAUUUUUCUAUGGCUCGUACGGAGUCCCCAAACUCAUACAGAUAUUAUAUACAUACACACAUAACACAUACGUACGCAACUUGAGAUUUAAAUAACUGAUAUAAGCAAACCUCCAAUAAACUAUCAGAAAAAUGCAGAGUGAGGUAAAAACAGAAAUAUAGGACUAAAAACAAAGUAAGCGAGUAGAAAAAUGUGAGUAAAUUUAACUUUUAAGUUUGAUGUCCUGAGCAUGUGAAAAAGAAUUCAUAAUGUACGCGAGAAUGGAUUUUUGUUUUGUACAGCGGAUAUAUUGUGAUUUCCGAUGCUGAAUAAUACUGAAAUGAUGAAAUAACGACGUCGUCGUAUCAUUUCCGAUCUUUCCUACACAAUACUUUUCAAUAAUCGAGUAAAAUGGUCCUGUUUCUUCAAGUUGUAAUAUCAACACGUAGAUCGUCUAUCCCCUCUCCAUGUUUUUUCUUCAUCGAAUGUGCAAAAAUGUGAGAAAUAAUGGUUUACGAAUUUAAAUGCUAGAUUACGUGAAUUUUAAAGACCGACUCAAGAUAUGAGAGAUGGGUGUAGAUUUGCGCGGUU